AUGGCGAUUCUCUACGCGGUGGUGGCUCGAGGAACAAUCGUGUUGGCCGAGUUCAGCGCGGUCACGGGGAACACAGGGGCAGUGGCUCGGCGCAUCUUGGAAAAGCUUCCAUCGGAGGCCGAUUCUAGGGUUUGCUUCUCUCAGGAUCGGUACAUCUUCCACAUACUCAAAUCCGAUGGCCUCACUUUUCUUUGCAUGGCCAACGACACCUUCGGCAGGAGAAUCCCCUUUUCAUACUUGGAGGAUAUUCAUAUGAGAUUUAUGAAAAAUUAUGGCAGAGUGGCUCCUUAUGCUCCUGCUUAUGCAAUGAAUGAUGAGUUUUCGAGGGUUUUGCAUCAGCAGAUGGAGUUUUUCUCCAGCAAUCCUAGCGCUGAUACUCUCAACCGUGUGAGAGGCGAAGUUGGUGAGAUAAGAACUAUAAUGGUGGACAACAUAGAAAAGAUAUUGGAGAGGGGUGACCGAAUUGAGCUUCUUGUUGACAAAACUGCAACUAUGCAAGAUAGUGCAUUUCACUUCAAGAAGCAGUCCAAACGGCUUCGUCGAGCUCUGUGGAUGAAAAAUGCCAAGCUCUUGCGUCACGCUACCUUCCUGCAGAUCUUGACUCCUUCGCUUCUUGUUAUAGUUUCUACUGCGGUGAUAAAUCUCCACAAGAGCAGCGUUGUUUUUAGCAGGAAUGUGGAAGAGGCAUCAAGAAAGGAGUUUACAGAUUUGUUUGGAGUGGAAUGCGUUGCCGUUCAUGACAAGUACCUGGGCUUGCCUAUCUUUGUUGGUAGCUCUAAGAAACUUAUCUUUGGCUCUUCAAAAGAAAAAUUAUGGAAGAAACUGGCUUCAUUGGGCUCAAAUCCUUCUUAUUGCCGGAGCAGUAUCUUUAAAGCUCGAACAGUGUUUGAGCACGGGUCCCGUUGGCAGUUGGGUAAUGGCGCGUCAAUUUCAGUGUGGCGGGAUCGGUGGAUUCCAAGGCCCAAAACUUUCAGUGUGUUCACCCCUCCCCCACAUGAUUCUUUCGAAGAUUUAAGAGUGAAUGAUCUUAUGGACAGUCCUGUUAGAAUUCAGACUGUGAUCUGA